UCUUCAUCUUCUUCUUCCUGCCCUGAGUGGAAGGAAGCUACCCGGAGGCAGGGGGCUGGACCCGAUGACCCCGGGGGUCGGGGAGAGGGCGCGUUAUGACGAUGAUAAUCACACUAACGUUGGCAUUUGUUAAGCGCUGACUCCGUGCAGAGCACCGUUCCAAGCGCUGGGGGAGAUCCAGGGUCAUCAGGUGGUCCCACCUACCUCCGAGAGAGCAGUGAGACACCUUCUGCCCUGCGAGGCCUCAAGGCCAGGACACCUCCCGGCGAGCCGCCUGCCGUCCGGAGCCGGAGCCACUCGCAGACAUGUUUCUGUCCCGCCUGGCUUGCCGGCUGGCGAAGGCCACCCCCUUUGCAGGCCGCACCCUGGCCAGGCCCAGUCCCGUCGCCGUAGUGAUCCCCGGGACCCGGGCCCACUCCAGCCGCCCGGCGGACGGCCAGAGCCGGUUGGCCCCGCAGCUCCCGUCCGCGGCGGGCCUGGAGGACGUGCUGGUGCCCCGGAAGCUGGCCAUCAGCCCCCUGGAGAGCUGGCUCACCGCCCACUACAUCCUCCCCCGGGCCACACCGGCCUCCGGCCCCGCGCCGACGCUGGGUGACCAGGCGGGUGGGCCCGGCCGCUUCUACGACUGCCCGCCGGGUGAGGCGGGAGCCUGCGGAGAGCCGGUGCCAGAGGGCGACGCGGGGGCCCGGGCCAUCCUCUGCAAGAACGUGCUGAAGAUCCGCCGGCGGAAGAUGAACCACCACCAGUACCGGAAGCUCAUCAAGCGGACGCGGUUUGUGCGGAGGAAGGUCCUGGAAGGCCGCAGGCGGCGGAAGCAGAUCCGUUUUGAGAAGGACCUGGAGCGCAUCUGGAAGAAAGCCGGCUUGAAAGAGGCGCCGGAGGGCUGGCACACCCCCAAAGUCUACGUGAAGGGCCAGUGAAGUCACCCCUCAACUCCCACCCAGGUGUUUGAAUAAACGUUAUCCCCCCAACUUCCA